CUAAUCUUUUUCCUACAGAAUUUUUGAAUUCGAGCUCCCUCCUCCAUGACUUCGAACCGACCGUAGAUGGAAAUCGCGAACGCCGACGGCUACGCUCCCACCAUCGUCGCCGACGCUCGCUCAAUCGGCGCCGAGUCCGUACCGGGCUGGGACCAGCCCUUCACCGACCAAGAGCUCGACGGCAUCGAAGCCGCCAUCGAAGCCGCCAUCUCCAGGAAGCGGCGCUCCGUCUCCGGCGGCGAGGAUCGCCCCGGCGGACUCCGACGGCGUCUGCCCGGUUCAUUCUCUUCGCAACAAAGUAUGCGGAUUAAACUCCCUGUGAUGACAUUCGGAGGUCGGAUUAUGUACAGCCGGAGUGCUACUGGUGUAGAGAGAGCCGCGGCAGAGCUUUUGAAGAAAAUUGAUGCCAUGAAAAGUGUAAUGGAUCAAGUCAUUAUUGGUUUUGACAUCGAGUAUAGGCCCACGUUUCAAAGAGGUGUUCCACCUCGGAAGACGGCAGUAAUGCAGAUUUGUGGUGACAAUGACCACUGCCAUGUGAUGCAUGUUAUUCAUUCUGGCGUCCCUCCUAGUUUGAAGCUUAUUUUAGAGGAUACCACCGUAUUAAAGGUUGGAGUUGGCAUAGCUGGUGAUGUUAGAAAGGUGCUUAAGGAUUACAGUGUAUCUGUCAAUGCUUUUCAGGAUCUUUCAGAACUUGCUAAUCAAAAGCUUGCUCUGCCUCGUUAUCGGUGGAGUCUUGCAUCUCUAAGCGAGGUGCUUAUAAAUAAGCAGCUGCAGAAAAUUAUGAAAAUUAGGUGUGGAAAUUGGGAGGCUGUUUUUUUAUCAGAAGAACAACAAUUUUAUGCUGCCACUGACGCAUUUGCUUCUUGGCAUCUAUAUCAGGUCUUAAAGAGCCUGCCAGAUGCUCAAAGGAACAACAUUGAGAAUAGCGAAGAGAAACUGACCGUGGCACUGCCAUAAUUGCCUUUGAGCUGACUGAAGAUAGCCUAGCAUCUGAACAAGGUGUCGCUUACCUCUUUCUCAUCCUUCAGUCCGAUUUUAUGCUGUGGGGACAAGAGCAGAUUGUGGAAGCAGGGGAGUCCCAGCAAAUUGCACGGUCCACAUUGUUCUUCCCUUCUGAGCAAUAAAGUACUAAACCAAGUUCGUUACUAUCUGUUCAUGAUGGAUGAGAAGUGCUUCGUCCCACACAUAUUGGCCCAAUUUCAGUGUGAAAUGUCUCCUUUCACUGGAGUUGGAACAAAGGUAAGAUGACCGGCUCUAGAAUUGUCGGUCCAUGUUCCGAUAUAUAUUUCUCUCCAUGAAAAAGAGAGGAAAGCCGAACUCAUUGUAUUGCCAUGUAAGAAUUGGUUAUUUGGAGUUUGGAGAUUUUGGACUUCUGGGUUCUUUCUUUCUUUAUAUAAUGUCUAUAAGAAUAAGAUGAGCUUCGAAACCAAAA